AUGAUGUUCGAUCGACCUGCUCCAGAGGGGCGGUGUUCUACGGCCAGUUCUGAAGAAUUUUCCGAUAACAAACGCAAACGAUUGCGUAGUCCGUUGUCAGCUUCCCGUCUGGAAGAAAAAGAAGAACUGCAGGGAUUAAACGAUCGUCUCUCCCGUUAUAUUGAAUAUAUUCAGCACAAUCUGUUUGGUGCAGGUUCGGCUGCAGAUGUUGAAAAGAUUACCCGUUCCGUUAAGUCUCAAUUGGAUGAUCUUUCCAGUUUGUAUGCAGACGAACUGGAUGCUGCUCGCAAGAAUUUGGAUGCUAUCGCUUUGCAACUAACCAACUGCCAAGUGAAGCUUAAAACUGCUCAAACCGACCGGGAUCAGCUGGAGAAAGAGCUCAAUGCAUUGAAAUCUCGUGAUCGGCGCUCGUCCGAUGAGAUUGCGUCGCUCACUGCUGAGCUGUCACGUUUAGAAUCUGAACUGGAACGUGGCCGUGGUCUACAACAAAACUACGAUGACUUACUGAAGCAACAUGCUAUGGUCAAAGAUCAACUUGAACGUGAGACCAUCAUGAGGACAGAUUGGCAAAAUCGUGCGCAAACAUUGUCGGAACAGUUGGAAUUUAAAGAUCGUCUGUUGGAAAAGGAACGGGCCACAUGGAGCAACGAGACAAUUCAAAUCCAAAUGAGAACGGUGGCGAAGGAGGCAGAGAAAUAUCGAAACAAACUGAAGGAGAAGCUGGAUGACCUACGCCAGGAAAUGGCCAAGCAGUUGGACGAAUUGCAAUCAACAAUGGAGAGUAGUCUGCAAGCGAAAUUGCAAACGGAACAGGGAAAAACAAAAGAUGCUGAGGCGCGUGCUCGAGCGGCUAGAGAAGAGUGUAAUCGUGUGACUUCACUGUUGUCGUCGCGUUCCAGUGAACUACUUACAUGCCGCAAAGAAAUAGAAACUUUACAACGCACGAUUGAUCAGCUAAACGUACAACUAGAAGAUAUGGAAGACCGGUAUAAGAGAGAAAUCGAACAGAACCGGGAAGAAAUGGCUCGUUUGUUGGAUUUAGUCGAUGAGAAGUCACGUGAAUGUGCCGAAUUGGCAAGCAUCAAAGUUCAACUGGAUGCAGAAAUUGCCAUGUAUCGAGCACUUCUUGAGUCUGAAGAAUCGCGUUGUCGUCUCCCGUCAGAGCCAGAAGUGACAGGAAAACCAAUUGUUACUCAGACUCAAAGAAAGGAAUGGGGGAAACGUCCGUUUGCGUCCCUGGACCGUGAUGUGGAUUUGGACUCCAAGUUAGCAAAUCACGUAGCCGACUCGGACUACGUAAUUCCCAUGAAAGUUCCGAAAACGCACGAAAGUCGGGAAUCGCGUAACAAACAUUCGACCUCGUUCGACGAAGUGUAUAAACACGGUUCUCGCAAAGCACUGCGCAUCACGUGUUCCGCUGUCGGAUCUGUGCACUUCGCCAGUGCCGAUCCCGGUGAUGGCCUAUUGCGGCUUUCCAACGCUAGUGACGAAACUGUUGAUAUUAGUCGGUGGCAGCUGCAUUUCGGACCAACUCGUCCGGGAGCGGAGGACUACGUCACUCUGCAUGUAUUUGGAGAAUCCCAAAAGCUGAAACCACACGCGGAAUUACGGGUGAGUUCAAAUAUUCCCUGCCUUUUUGUCCCGUAUGGGAACACUUUCCCCUCGUGUGCUAGUCAGCAUCCACCUCAAUUUGUCAAUAAUGAUAGCAGACCUUGUGCGCACACCUAUCCUCAUGAUGAAGGAACUAAACGGCAGAAUAGAGACCAUACAGGAAAUCGACCGCGAUAA